ACGUGACAUCGUCUGUGUUGUUUACGCAUAGAAGUGAGCUUGUUAGGGCGCGCGUGCGAGGAAAGAAAGCAAAGAAAUAAACAUGGCUACUGACAUCGAAAGGCUGGUUUUGUUCGAAGAGGCGCAUUAUGACCAGUAUGAUUAUUACAACCUGGAUGAAUAUCCCUGUCAUGCAGGGGGAAAAGGAAGAACCAAGAAAGAAAUCGGAUUAAACACAAACCGCCAUUGUCCUGCAGGACACGAGAGAAAAAUCACUGAAAAACUCCGUAAUAGCGAAGUGAAGAGGAGGAGAACCAAAAGCUGUUCGUCUUGAACGAUGUGCAAUUGACCCAGCAACUCCUACACUUGAAGAUGACUUGGAUCGUGGUCUAAAUGUCUGUUUAAAACCCUUUUUCCUGCCUUGUUGAAACGAGAACGCGCGCACGCGCCACUGACGCAUCUGAACCCACAGCGUUUUCUUGCCUCGUGCGCGCGCAUCCUCGUGAACGCGCAUCCCAGAUUCCGCGUGUCCGUGUCUUGGUCACCUGUCCACUGGAGUCGGGUUGCGGCUGCGCACGAGAUCGACCUUGUUUUGUUUUUGGGUGUUGGCCCUCCUUUUAAAAGCUGUUGGUUGUGGUGGUGUGUUUUAAUAAUACGUCGUGUUGGUGUUAGAAAUCACUUGAAUAAAAAUUAAACACUGAUUUCAUCAUU